AAGGGGGUGUGCUCUCCUAAGCUAAUGGCGGGGUUCUUGCUGGGGUCGGGCCGGAUCUUGCGGAUUCCGGGUGGUCAGCUUUGGCUUCUCUUGCCUCGCAGUUUUGGGGGUUGGGUCCCAGCAGAUGGGACCGGGAGGGUCUUAGUGAGGCAGGUCUGUGCGCGGCGAGAGAACGAGUGUCGGGCCUUGGGGCUCUCAGGCAGCUUCCUGGGAUGCCGGCUGCUGAGCACCGCCAUGCCGCCACCUCCGGGGACGUCUGGACGCGAAGGGAAGGGCCCCAGAGACCCCACGCGCCCCUCGCAGCCUGGGCCUGUUUCCUGGAAGUCUUUGGCAGUCACAUUUGCUAUUGGAGGAGCUUUACUGGCAGGGAUGAAGUACUUCAAGAAAGAGAAGAUGGAGAAGCUAGAGAAGGAACGGCAGCGAAGCAUUGGAAAGCCUCUGCUUGGGGGACCAUUUUCCCUCACAACUCACACUGGAGAGCCAAAAACUGAUAAGGACUACCUGGGUCAGUGGGUGCUCAUUUAUUUUGGUUUCACUCACUGCCCUGAUAUUUGUCCAGAAGAACUAGAAAAAAUGAUUCAAGUCGUGGAUGAAAUAGAUAAUAUUCCAACUCUGCCAAAUUUAACGCCACUUUUCAUCACUAUUGACCCAGAGAGGGACACAAAGGAAGCCAUUGCAAAUUAUGUGAAAGAAUUUUCUCCCAAACUGGUUGGCUUGACUGGCACAAAAGAAGAGAUUGAUCAAGUAGCCAGAGCAUACCGAGUAUAUUAUAGCCCAGGCCCCAAGGACGAAGAUGAGGACUACAUAGUGGAUCAUACCAUCAUAAUGUACUUGAUUGGACCAGAUGGUGAAUUUCUAGAUUAUUUUGGCCAGAACAAGAGGAAUGCAGAAAUAGCAGGUUCAAUUGCUGUGCAUAUGAGGGAGCACAGGAAAAAGAGCUAGCUGAAGCAGCGUUGCCAGUUAAGUGUUCUUCUGCUAAACAGGAAGGAAGCUUUGUCUCCCGCAGGAGACAACAUAUACAUAUGCUUAUAUAUGCAACCUACAGAAUGGCCUUCAUACCAUGAGAACAUCUGUAUUUUGGGUAGGGCACACUGCCCUUGGGAUCAGCCAGAACUGAUUCUUAGAACUGUGAAGAUUACAACCAAAAGUCUACCAAAGCCACUGCAAGACUGGAGGACCAAGUUAAUGUGAAGCCAGUGGAGUGGACCUCGGGAAAGGACACUCCAAGAGAGGCACAGCCCAUGCGUUUCCACAUGUGAGCAGGGCCCUUGGAUCAGCAUUACUACCUCGGUGUCUUGGACCCUUGCUCAUACAAGUUGUGGGGCUGAAUUUCCAGGACUCUGAUUUCCACAGCACUGUUGCUUCCCCUUUGAGGAUUGGUGGCUGAUACAUUAGCCUCUCUGCCGUUUGCAGUUAAGCUUUAUGCUUGAAAGCAUGAGUCUAGACUUCCUUGUUAAGGAAUGUCACUGUCAGGCUUGCAUUGCAUUCUCGUAUCAGCAGGUGCUGAUUUGACUAAUGAAGAGGGAAUCUAUUGUUUGGGGAAAACCAUUAGAUUAUUCUAGGGAUCUUUUAUGGGAUUUUUGGCCAAAUGAUGUGCUAGGUUUUCAGUGACAUACCAAAUGGGAACGAAGGGAUACUGAUCAUAAAUGUGAUGCAGAGUACUUUUCUGUCUAUACAGGAUUGCACUGUGUGAAAAAUAAAUGUCUGUGCAGUUUUGCAA